CACUUUCGCAGUUCCAUACCCCCGCCCCACCAAUCAUGAAGUUUGAGCAGCAUUGGGGUGGUGAUCGAUGCGCAGUGGCGUCGGCGCUUGCGUGCGCGUCUACAGGCGAGGCCGAGGCCGUCAAGCUCGCCGAGAAGUCGGGCGUGUGCCGAUGCUCAACAUGCGGCAACAAGUUUUACAACGACAACGGGCCCAUCAGCCUCACUAUCUCGUUCGAGCGCGGCUCCGGCCGCAGCCGCGAUGUGCCCGAGCCUAUGGCCUUUGACACAACAUGGAAGGCACCGUUGGUCUCUGCCAUCGUCGCCGCCGCAGAGGCCAGCGGCGUGCCGUCGCACAAGCUCGCACUGCGGACAGCGCGCGCCAGCGGCUUCCGCCGCAUCCGCGCCCGCGACACCGCCCUCGGCCUCGCACUCAACACGGAUCUCGAGCUUGUCGCCGUCCUCCGCUAGAACGCAUGCAUUAAAGAAGCGCCCUCAACUCGA